CGGGCUGCUUCGGCCGCCCGGACGACCUGCGGUUUCCACCUCCGCUUUCCGUCCUCCCUCCGCAGAGUGCCUGCGUCCACUGACUCGUCUUCCACCUCUCCAGACAGAAAAUACUACUCAAGUCAUCGUUGAUCGCUGUACAAAGUAUACUGCGGCUUUGGCCAAGUUUUCUACCUCAGGGAGCUGUAGAUAUUCUGACGAACUGGAUCAGCCGUCGGAUACUCCGGAUCCUCGCCUCUCUUCAGGCAUGAGGCAUGUGGCGGUGGAAAACGCGCUCGAGUUAGACCAGCAGUUUGCUGGUCUAGACCUGAACACUUCUGAUAAUCAGAGUAAAGGAGGAAGUACAGCAAGCAAAGGGCGCUAUAUACCUCCUCACUUAAGGAACAGAGAAGCGUCUAAAGGAUUCCAUGAUAAAGACAGUUCAGGGUGGAGUUGUAGUAAAGAUAAAGAUGCUUAUAGCAGUUUUGGGUCUCGAGAUUCAAGAGGAAAGCCCAGUUACUACAGUGAUCGUGGAAGCGGAUCAAGAGGAAGGUUUGAUGAUCGUGGACGGAGUGACUAUGAUGGUAUUGGCAGUCGUGGUGACAGGACUGGUUUUGGCAAAUUUGAUCGCAGUGGACACAGUCGAUGGGGUGACAGAUCAGAUGAUGAUGAUUGGUCAAAACAACUUCCACCAAGUGAACGUUUGGAACAGGAACUAUUUUCUGGAGGAAACACUGGGAUUAAUUUUGAGAAAUAUGAUGAUAUUCCAGUAGAGGCAACCGGCAAUAACUGUCCUCCACAUAUUGAAAGUUUCAACGAUAUUGAAAUGGGAGAAAUUAUCAUGGGGAACAUUGAGCUUACUCGUUAUACUCGUCCUACUCCAGUGCAAAAAUAUGCCAUUCCUAUUAUCAAAGAAAAAAGAGACUUGAUGGCUUGUGCCCAAACAGGGUCUGGAAAAACUGCAGCAUUUCUUUUGCCUAUCUUGAGUCAAAUUUAUACAGAUGGUCCAGGCGAAGCUUUGAAGGCUGUGAGGGAAACUGGGAGGUAUGGACGCCGUAAACAAUAUCCAAUCUCCUUGGUGUUAGCCCCAACAAGAGAAUUGGCUGUACAAAUCUAUGAGGAAGCCAGAAAAUUUUCAUACAGGUCUAGAGUUCGUCCUUGUGUGGUUUAUGGUGGUGCUGAUAUUGGUCAGCAAAUUCGAGACUUAGAACGCGGAUGUCACUUACUAGUUGCCACUCCUGGACGUUUAGUGGAUAUGAUGGAAAGAGGAAAGAUUGGAUUAGACUUCUGCAAAUACUUAGUGUUGGAUGAAGCUGAUAGGAUGCUAGAUAUGGGGUUUGAACCUCAGAUACGUCGUAUAGUUGAACAAGAUACUAUGCCACCAAAGGGUGUUCGCCACACCAUGAUGUUUAGUGCUACUUUUCCUAAGGAAAUACAGAUGCUUGCUCGUGAUUUUUUGGAUGAAUAUAUCUUUCUGGCUGUAGGCAGAGUUGGCUCUACCUCUGAGAACAUCACACAAAAAGUAGUUUGGGUGGAAGAGUUAGACAAACGCUCAUUUCUGCUUGAUCUGUUAAAUGCAACAGGGAAAGACUCACUGACCUUAGUGUUUGUGGAGACCAAAAAGGGUGCUGAUUCUCUGGAGGAUUUCUUAUACCACGAAGGAUAUGCUUGUACCAGUAUCCAUGGAGACCGAUCACAGAGAGAUAGAGAGGAAGCGCUUUACCAGUUUCGUUCAGGAAAAAGCCCAAUUCUAGUGGCUACAGCUGUGGCUGCAAGAGGACUAGAUAUUUCCAAUGUGAAACAUGUUAUCAAUUUUGAUUUGCCAAGCGAUAUUGAAGAAUAUGUACAUCGGAUUGGCCGUACGGGACGUGUAGGAAACCUCGGCCUUGCCACCUCAUUUUUUAACGAAAGAAAUGCAAAUAUUACAAAGGAUUUGUUGGAUCUUCUUGUUGAAGCUAAACAAGAAGUGCCGUCUUGGUUAGAAAAUAUGGCUUAUGAACAUCACUAUAAGAGUAGCAGUCGUGGACGUUCUAAGAGUAGAUUCAGUGGAGGAUUUGGUGCCAGAGACUAUCGACAAAGUAGCGGUUCCAGCAGUUCUAGCUUUAGUAGUGGCCGUGCAAGCAGCAGCCGCAGUGGUGGUGGAGGUCACAGCAGCAGUAGAGGAUUUGGUGGAGGUGGCUAUGGAGGCUUCUACAGUAGUGACGGAUAUGGAGGGAAUUAUAACUCCCAGGGGGUUGACUGGUGGGGCAAUUAAACCUGCUCUACAGUCACAUCACCCUUUUAAACAAGUUAAUAUGGAAACCACAUGUAACUUAGCCAGACUAUAUCGUGUAGUUUUAAGAACUUUCAGUACAUUACCAGCUGUGAUUCUCCUGAAAAGCUAUUGAAGAUCAAAGUCACAAGAAGAAAGGAACAGUAACAGCUCCGUUCAGAAGUUGGUUGAAAGACUUAAUCGCUCUAGCUUGGAUUAACUCCCAUCUUGCUUAUUUUCCAUCCCAAGCUGCAUUUAUAAUUUUGUGACUGAGAAUCAUUUGUUUGUUAAUAUACUGUAACUUUAGACAACUUAUUAUUUUGAUGUUCUGUUUGGCUGAGUAAUGCUCAAGGUAUCAAUUGUUUUGACAAAAUAAAUUUCUGAACUUGGGCUAACACCAAACUUUUGCAUAAAGCUGUGAUAAACUUAUUAGGAGUUACCAAUUUAUCAGUAAGUAUUAUAAGAUUAAAAAUAAUUUAGGUAGUAGCUUCUUAGCACUUUUGGGGUAUUUACUUGUAGACUGGGAAGAAGAACAUCUUAAGCAAAAUUAGUUUCUAAUGUGCCCAAAUGGACUAUGUUAAAGUUCUGAUUGACUUCUCUGUCGUGGGUAAGCACUUAGAAACUUUGUAGUAGUUAAAUGUCAUUCAGUCAUGAUGAAGUAGCAGGUACGAAUAUAUCCAUGCAUUUCAAAGCACUCUUCAAAACGAAUGCAAGUAAAUACAGCAAUUCCUCUUUCAAUGUUUAUUAAUUGUAAGCUAGGCGAGUGUGGGCGUACUAUUAUAGGGAAAGUUUAAUGUUUGCUUUAAAAAAUGUUUUGGGGGAAAUUAGAUUAUUUUAAUGCCUGCGAUAACUAAAAUUGAAUUGGUAGAAUGGCUGACCAUGAGCAAUGCCUUGUCUUCUUUAUAGACCUGGUUGGAUUUUGGUCUGAACUGCAUGCUAGUGUUGUUUUUUGGUCAAGAAUAUAUAAGCAGGGAGAAUUAUGCACCAGGCUUUAUUUUAAUGCAGAUUCAUGUUACUCUGUUUAAGCUGUAUUGAAAGGUUAAAAUGGCUUACACUUGUAGACUUAGUAAAUUUUAGCAAACAAAUCCUUGAGAUCCCACAGGUUGGAAAUAUGUACUAAACUGCACCUGGUGUUAUUUCUAUAUAGUGCACUUUUAGUCUUCUUUUAGUUGCAUAGGUUUCCAUUGUACUUAUACUCUCUUUGCUAAAUUUGGCCAAAGAUGAUUGUCCAUCACUAAAAAUGCCUCUGCCAUUUGGAAUUCUGUGCUGAUUUUAUAGCUAGAAAGCAGUGAUAUUUACAAACUAAUUUUUACGGUUGCAUAAGAAGGUAAAAUUUUCUUAAAAGUGCAAUAGAUUUUUCAGGAGUAUUGUGCCUUGUUCUAAAACUUUAAGUAGGUGCAGUUGACAGUAUUAAGGUCAUUUGUUAUGGUGCUAUUUCAAUUGGUAUAUAUUUAGACUCUUGUAUACUUUGCCCAUAACUUUUUACAAAGCACUUAUUUUAUUGCACAUUCAGAGAAUUUUAUAUAUAUACAUAUAUAUAUAUAUAUAUAUACACACACAUAUACAUAUAUAUAUGUCUUGUUGUAUGUGUCCUUAAACUUCCAAUCUCAUUUUAUCUCUUGGAGAUUGUUGAAUGCAGCUUAUAAACUAGAUUGUAGAAUUUUAUUUGGGACCAUGGAAUGAUAGUUAUGAAGAAACUGUUUGCACAUGACAGAUUUUAGAUACUUUUUGCUGCUAGUUUGUGUAAUAUUUAUUGAACAUUUUGACAAAUAUUUAUUUUUGUAAGCCUAAAAGUGAUUCUUUGAAAGUUUAAAGAAACUUGACCAAAAGACAGUACAAAAACACUGGCACUUAAAUGUCACCGUAUGUGAAAUAAUAUAUUUUGGGGUAGUGUGAACUUUUAAUGUUGAGUCCUGUUAAACUUGAGUUCAUAUUAAGCAGACCCAGCAUUGGCUGUGACUUUCUGACAAAAUUUAAAGUAAAAUUGGCAACUUAAAAUUUGCUAAGGUUUUGAUACACUUGUCUUAAAAAUAUUAAUGAUACACUUUUAAAUACUGGUAGGAAGUGUCCACAUUCUCAAAGGUUUUGAGUUUUGUUUAAUGUGCGUGGUUUUUUUGGUUUGGUUUUCACUUACUGUCUGGCAUAUUUGCAGUCCUCAAACAUGUGGUUACCUUUGUAAUUCCAUAAUCUGUGACUUUUACAUUCCUUUUUAAUCAACCAGUAAAUAAGGAUUGGUUUAAACUUGCUGAGUGUAGUCAUUGGACCUGAAGUCACUGUAGGUUUUGUAGUUGUUUAUUGUAUUAGUUUUAGAUGCUAGCACUGCACGUGCUGUGUUUAUUCUGGUUUUACUAAAAUAAAAAGUUGAACACAA